AUGUCAGAUGAGCACCUCGCUCGUCAGACAGCCUCGAGCUUCGAUAGGCUCGAAAACUUCAACUUUCUUCUCUCUCGACACGAUCCUAACUUGGCCAAGAGUCGUCACUAUUCCUUUGACGCAGAUUCUACCGGCCUGGCUGCCUUUUCGAAUCUGAACAUGGAUUACGAUCAGACUGAGGGGAUGGGCGGUCUCUCCGUCAGUUCGUAUGAUAGCAUUGAGGACGAACGCAGUCCGAUCGAUGUGCGCGGAUAUCCGUAUCAUGACCAAAUGCUGUCCUACUCAGCUCAUCCCAUCUAUCCACCUAUCUCAUAUGGUCCUCCCGAUGACCUGGGGCACGGUGCGGGUGCUAUGACACCCUCCGAUGUCUCCUCUUCCAUCUCACCUCCAAACGGCCACAUCAACCACAGCAAGUACAGCACGCAGAUUCCUGGCGAUCACCUUGCUUCCGCCCUUGGCCAGGAGGAGGGCGUCCGCCGUGCUGCCGAAGAAGACCGGCGACGCCGCAAUACGGCUGCCAGCGCCCGGUUUCGCAUGAAGAAGAAGCAGCGCGAACAGGCCCUCGAACGCACCGUGCGCGAAACCACCGAGAAGAACGCGACUCUCGAGGCGCGUGUAGCGCAGCUCGAAAUGGAGAACCGCUGGCUGAAGAACCUCUUGACCGAAAAGCACGAAGCCAGCUCGACUCGCAUGGCUCCUCCCCCAAAUGACAGCACAGCCUUGGCCUCCCAAGGUACCAACGCUACUGGCCCCGGGCAAAAACAUAUUCAGCCAAAAAAGAAGGGCGUCGGGACCGACAACUGA